AUGGAUGGACUAAAGAAACGAAUAGAAGAAGAAGGUGGUGCAUGGGUGGACCAACUCGACCACAUCCUGUGGGCUCAUCGAACCACACCGCGACGGGGAACCGGGGAAACCCCAUUCAGCCUCACGUAUGGGUUCGAGGCCAAGGUCCCUAUCGAAGUCCUAUGCCCCACGAGUAGGGUGCAACAAUAUGAGGAUCCGGUUAAUGAGCAGCUACUGCAACUAGAAAAGAAUUUCCUCGAAGAGCGGAGAGACGCACCUCAGCACCGAAUGACGGAAUAUCAACGAGCUGUGAAAAGAUACCACGAUGCACACGUAGAGCCUAGGUACUUUGACAUAGGGGACAUAGUACUAACAGAUAGACAAGCCGCCCUACCAAAUCAAGGCGGGAAAAUAGCCAAGAACUGGGAGGGCCCCUACAGAGACUCGACAAUCAUCAGACCAGGCACCUACAAGUUGGAAACUAUGGAAGGCAAGCUGAUUGAGCGCAUUUGGAAUUCAAAUCGCCUCAAAAGAGAUCGGGAGACGUUCUCAAUAGCCACUGGUGGAUGGGCAUACUGCCAGAGAACGGGAGACGUUCUUAAUAAACCUUUGGUGGAACAUCAUACUGACAGAGAACGGAAGAUGCUCUCGAAAGUUGAGCAGGGUGGCCAAAAAGUUGAUGAGUUAAAACUAAAAUCAGCAUAUACAGAACAGAGCGACCAAUGCACCAACUAUCCGGUGUACAUAAACAAAAUAAAGCGACCAAGGCACCAACUAUCCGGUGUACAUGCAAAAUAA